AUGCUUCCAUUGUUGCCGAAUCAACUUGCUUAUCUAGCAGUGUGGUAUUCGCAGAGAGACGAACCCCGCGCAUCAGAUGAAGUGAUAUCCCUUCAUUAUGAUGCACUGGGAUGGUACAACACUGGGCAUGAUUGCCAAGGGCAAUUACUGGGUAAUUUGAGUUUCAUGCUGAUCUUUCGCUUUGAACGUCAAGGCAAUGACGAAGACUUAGAUCAGGCUAUCGCACUUCAGAGGGAAGCGCUGGUUUUGCACCCGGUCGGUCACACAGAUCGGUCCAAGUCAUUAAAUAAUCUUGCGUAUGGACUCUCCUCCCGCUUUGAGCACCGAGGCAAUGACGAAGACUUGGAUCAGGCUAUUGCACUUCAGAGGGAAAUGCUGGCUUUGCACCCGGUCGGUCACACAGAUUGGUCCGACUCAUUAAAUAACCUUGCGGAUGGACUCUUCUUCCGCUUUAAGCACCGAGGCAAUGACGAAGACUUGGAUCAGGCUAUCGCACUUCAGAGGGAAACACUGGUUUUGUGCCCGGAUCGAGUCUCUACACCGGUCGGUCACACAGAUCGGUAUAAGUCAUUAAAUAACCUUGCCACUCAACUCUCCUCCCGCUUUGAGCACCGAGGCAAUGACGAAGACUUGGAUCUGGCUCUCGCACUUCAGAGGGAAGUGCUGGCUUUGCACCCGGUCAGUCACACAGAUCGGUCCAAGUCAUUAAAUAACCUUGCGUAUGGACUCUCCUCCCACUUUGAGCACCGAGGCAAUGACGAAGACUUGGAUCAGGCUAUCGCACUUCAGAGGGAAGUGCUGGCUUUGCGCCCGGUCGGUCACACAAAUCGGUCCGACUCAUUAAAUAACCUUGCGAGUGAACUCUCCACCCGCUUUGAGCACCGAGGCGAUGAUGAAGACUUGGAUCAGGCUAUCGCACUUCAGAGGGAAGCGCUGGCUUUGCGCCCGGUCGGUCACACAGAUCGGUCCUCGUUAUUAAAUAACCUUGGGAAUCAUUUCUCCUCCCGCUUUGAGCACCGAGGCAAUGUCAAAGACUUGGAUCAAGCUAUCGCACUUCAGAGGGAAACGCUGGCUUUGCACCCGGUCGGUCGCCCAGAUCGGUCCAAUUUAUUAUCCCAUACGGCGCUAGCUAAGGUCUACUAUCUAUCAACCUAUCACCCAGGGCCUGACGGUGCGGGCGAAGCUAAUGGCAGUCUGAAUGCCUUCAUCCAUCAUCUCAAGGCAGCAGCAAAUGUUGUCUCUGGAGGCUCUCUAUCUCGCCUGCAAGCAAGUCUGAGCUGGGUUCGCCAUGCUCGUCGACAUUCACAUGAUACUGAACUGGAGGCUCAUGCAACUUCCAUGCAACUUCUGGAUGCUUACAUGUCCACGACAGCUUCAGUAUCGUCUCGUCACAAUAUCAUGAAGGACUUCCCAAAUACGCUUGCCGUGGAUGCUGCAUCGUGUGCUCUUCGCAGUGGUGACGUGCGUCAUGCUGUUGAGUUGUUGGAACAAGGCAGGACGAUCAUCUGGACCCAGAUGAUGCGACUCCGCACGCCUCUUGAUAGUCUCCAGACACACGGCGAUCACGCAGCGGCCCUGAUGAAGAAAUUCAGAGACCUCAGCUCCCUCCUUGAUAAACCUCCUGCGAACGAUCGAGAAGCAACCCCAGGAGUCGAUGUAGAAGUAGAAGAAACCCGGUACAGACGUAUAGUGAAGGAAUGGAAUGGAGCUGUAGAAGAGAUCCGGAAGAUCAAGGGCUUCUCUCGCUUCCUCCUUCCCCCCUUAUUCUCCGAUCUUCAAGAUGCAGCUCGUGAUGGGCCUAUCAUCAUACUCAUCGCAAGCGAGUCAUCUUGCCAUGCCAUCAUUAUCCCGCACGAGCAACCUCCAACUAGCAUUCAACUCCCUACCAAUCUCGAGAAACUCCAGGCAUUGGUGGUCAAACUCAAACGGGAAAGCGGAGAAGCACUGAGAAAAGCCUUGAUGGAGUUGUGGGACGACGUCGUCGGCCUGGUGGUCGGAAAUCUGGACAAAUUUGCACGACCAGGUUCCAGAAUAUGGUGGUGCCCGACGUCUGUCUUCAAUUUCUUGCCGUUGCACGCUGCUGGCGCGUACAGGCGAGGUGGACGAUUGCUGUCGCAGUUAUAUAUCUCUUCAUACAUGCCAUCGCUUGCUGCGCUGAUAAAGGCUCGCAGACAUGACAGGUCCCUGUCAGUGUUCUUUGCUGCCAUCGGUCAGAAUUGCCCAGCCGGUGCUUCAUUCACUCUGGAUUGUGUGGAACCUGAACUGGAAUUAGUGCGAAGUCUUUUACCCCCUCCCCCAACUGUCUCCUUCACCAAGAUAACCAGCGUUGAUGCAACGAAAUCGAGGGCACUGCACGCGCUGCAACAUAAUACCUGGCUUCAUUUUUCGUGCCACGGGACACAGAAAUAUGAGGACCCCUUCAAUUCAGCAUUUCUCAUGAGAGACCAACUGCUUUCACUUCUCGACAUCACACAAACGGAUCUGUCUCGGCAUGAAUUUGCAUUUCUUUCUGCUUGUGAAACCGCAGUCGGUGACUUGAGUACUCCUGAUGAAGUAGUACACCUAGCCGCUGGCCUACAAUUUGCUGGGGUGAAGAGCGUUGUUGGGACAUUAUGGAAAGUCGACAAUAGUACCGUGCAGCGCUUAGUCGAGGCAUUCUACAAAAUCUUUUGCGGGGAUGGGACAAUGAAUUCGAAACGAGCUGCCCGAGCGCUUCACCAAGCGGUCCAGUCGUUGGCGGCACCCAGGCAUGGCCACGACGCGGAACCUGUUGCCAACUUGAAGGACUUCGAUAUUCCAGACUUUGAGACUGUAUACCUCCACGACAUGUACACCCAAUUUCGACUUCAAUUUUAUGGAACGGUGGAAGAACAUACGAAAAUUGAAGAACAAAUAGAAAUAAGGAAAUGGAUGAGUUCCUUGGACAAGCAAAGUAGAAAGCAACACGAAAAACGUAAGGAGAAUACUGGACGCAGUGCGGCAGAGUCGCAGACAUACCAAAUUGUCCUGGUACAACAAUGGGAUCAUCAUCAUCUCCGAGGAUUGGUUGGUGGGGAUAACGACUAG